UCGUUGUAGAACUUUGUUUGGUGUACGUAUAACCUAAAACUAAUAUUAUGAAAUAAAGUACUUUUCACGAAUAAUGUAAGUGUCAUCAUGCAUGGCUCUAGCCUACAUCAUUUAUGUUUGAAAUAACUUAAUUUUAUCAACGUUUAACCAUGUAGCGAAUCUGUAAGAACGCUGAACGUUACAUUACAGCGUUGUUAAAAUAACUGACCUCAUUUGAAAUCAUCCGUAGCUCAGUAGGAUUGCAAUUGUUGGCUAAAAUAUACAUGUAGGUUUAAAGAUACCAUUUGAUCGCGGGAUCUUCUUGUUGUCAGUUCAAUAAUAAACCUAAUGAAAUGGACGUACUAAUAGCCCUCGGUAUCGGUACGACUUUUAAAGUAACUGCUUUGUCCUGGAUAGCUUAUAAAAGGCAAAAAGUAUAUGUUGGUAAAGUGUCGCGAAUCAACGUGUUUCCUUUAAAAUCUGCAAGGGAAUUACAAAACAUAACAAAUGUCACUCUUACCAAACAUGGAUUGAUGACUAAAGGAUUAAGUGACAGACACUGGGUUGUUACUAGAAAUGGACAAAGACAAAACAUUGGUUUUCUUCCGACCCUAACACUUAUUCGAACUAGUGUCGAGGGAACAAAUCUCCGUCUUGAUGCGCCAAACGUGGAACCUCUUAUGUUACCAAUACAUCCGGAUAUCAACCAGGAAAAUUUAGUCACUAUUUUAGUUAAAGAACAGAAACAGUCUACUUUAGAUUGUGGUGAUAAGGCUGCGGCAUGGAUUUCAAAAGUUGUUGGGAAGGAAAAUUUGAGAUUACAUCACUCAGCACCGUCAUUAGAAAAACGUCUGUCUCAUCAGGUGUUGAAAGAUUGGCCCACACAAAUUAGGAAACACGACGAGGUUGCUUUCCAAGAUUUUGUACCAUGUAUGAUAAUGUGUCAAUCUUCAAUGGACGUGUUGAACCAGCGUUUGGAUAAACCAGUUUCUUCAUUACAGUUCCGACCAAAUAUAAUGAUAGAAGGAAGCGAGCCGUUUGAUGAAGUAAACUGGGAGACUAUCUACAUAGGUGACAAAGCAUCAACAAAAUUUGUUGACAACUGUACAAGGUGUGCUAUCGUCACCGUAAAUCCUGAAACUGGGACAAGGAGCAAGGACAACCAACCGUUAGAGGAACUGAAAAAAUUCCGUUGCAUGGAACCAUAUGGUCCGUUCAAGCCAGUGAUGGGCCUACAUACUGCUGUAGAGACGGAAGGUGAUAUAAAGAUAGGAGAUCCUGUGUAUGUAGUCAAGAAAUAAAACCACGAACAAGUUGCCUUUAUAUGGAUAGAUGCCUUCAUUUUAUUUGAUCACAUAACAUCUUCUCAAGAUAUAGACAUUUUUUCAUAUUAUGCAAUAUUGACUUUAAUAAAGAAGAGAUGCCA